UGCUGGAGGUCACUGAGGCGGUCAUCUUGGAUCCAGCUGAUUCUGGCCAGCUAGCCUCAGGAGUAACUUCUCACCGAAGGCAUCCUGUUCUAAAAGAUAAACAGUGCUAGCUUCACGGCGGGAACUUUACUAGGCCGCGUUGCCUCAGGUCCCGGGCAUCCGGCAUCCGAGCGAGUGCGCCAGGUGGCCAGCGGCGGGAGGCAAUGGGCAGCCCAGCGCCGCCCUGGGGCCGGGGAGAAGCGGAGACGUCGGCCCUCCCGGUUUCCUAGAGAGGCCGCCGGAGCGGAAGGGGUGGUGGGGGGACCAGGGCGGUGACGCGCAUGCGCGCUCUCCGCCACCGGAGGAGGCGCGGCGCGGCCGGCGCGAGGCCCGAGUGUGGGGCGGCGGCUCCAGUCGGUGAAAGGUUGCUGAAUUCCAUCCGGGUCUCUCACACAGGUGGCUGGCACCCAGGUUUUGGGCCAUCAUCUGCUACCUCCCAGGUUCAUUCUCAGGAAGCUGGAUCAGAAGGAUGUUGGUUGUUUCAGUCUCUUGCUAGUAACUUCUGAUGUCUCACCAAACGGCAUGUCUACUGCAGUGCUGAGAAGAUACUCCCAAGGACACAGCAGCAGCACAGCGAAGGCAGACCUGAUUUGAGCUCUGCUGGAUAGACCCUGAUUAGGAGUGAUGCCUCCGGGCAGGUGGCAUGCUGUCCAUCCUGCUCAGGCCCAGGCCUCAAGGGAACGCGGGCGCCUUCAGGUGGUCAAGAAAGAGGAUGAGGAUGAAGGCUACACUUCAGUGCAGCCUGCCAGGCCACAGACACUCAACCGUCCUGGCCAGGAGCUCUUCCGACAGCUCUUCAGGCAGCUUCGCUACCAUGAGUCUUCUGGGCCCUUAGAAACACUGAGCCGACUCCGGGAGCUCUGCCGCUGGUGGCUGAGGCCUGACGUCCUCUCCAAGGCACAGAUGCUGGAGCUGCUGGUGCUGGAACAGUUCCUGAGCAUCCUGCCUGGGGAGCUCCGGGCCUGGGUGCAGCUGCAUCGCCCCGAGAGUGGUGAGGAGGCUGUGGCCUUGCUGGAGGAACUGCAGAGGGACCUUGAUGAGACAUCUUGGAGGGACCCAGGCCCUGUCCAGAGUCCAGAUGUGCAUUGGAUGGGUACAGGAGCCCUGCGAUCCACAAAGAUAUGGCCCCCUGCUUCACCUCUCAGGAGUGGCUCUGCUCUGGGAGACCAGCUGGAGCCUCCCUUUGAAAUAGGAGUGCGUGACUUCCUGGCUGGGCAAUCCGAUCUCCAUGCUGCUCAGGUGCCUGCCCUUACCCCGAGAGAGGAGAGCCCAGGAGACCAGGUGAUGGCAGCAAGUUCCCUGACAGCCCAGCCCCAGGAAAUUAUGGCUUUCAAGGACGUGGAGGUGACCUUCUCCCAGGAUGAGUGGGGAUGGCUGGACUCGGCUCAGAGGAACCUGUACAGGGAUGUGAUGCUAGAGAAUUACAGAAACUUUUCUGCUCUGAUGGGACCAUUCUGCAAACCUGCUCUGAUCUCCUGGUUGGAAGCAAGAGAGCCAUGGGGCCUGAAUGUCCAGGAAGCCCAGCCUAAGAGAGAGCCAGAUGAUGCUCCUGCCGGAAGUGAGCUCCAGAUUCAGACAGACAAGUUCAUUUUAAAACAGGAGCCUUUGGAAGAGAAAGAAACUUGUGCUGUACUAACAGUAUGUCCUGCAAUAAGUGUUCCUGAGGGAACGGGACUCCUGGAAUCUUCUGAGCAAAAGAAAAGGUUAAAGGAGCAAUGUAGAAACCUCAUACAAGUGGGAGAUAAGAAAGAAGAGACUGGUUGCAGUGAUAGAGAUGGAAAGGAAUCCAAAGUGUCUGGAGGAGGAAACAGUGGUGAUCUAAAACAUGCUACACGUUUGACAGUUUCCAAACGAAAGCAGUCCCUUAAACAUGGCUGUGGCAGACACUUCAGAACGAGUUCACACCAUUAUGACUACAAGAAACAUGGGAAGGGGCACAGACUCAUGAUCGGGGGGUUCAGCCUACAUCAGAGAGUUCAUACUGGGCUCAAAGGGAAUGAAAGGGACUCGUGUGGGAAAGGCUUCAGCCUUAGCUCUCAUCACCAGCAUGGGCAGAAUCUCCACUUGGUGAGGAAGUCGUACAGGUGCAGUGACUGUGGGAAGACCUUCAAUCGUAGCUCCCAUUUGGUGUAUCAUCAGAGACAUCACACUCAAGAGAAACCAUUUAAAUGUAGAGUGUGUGGGAAAGCUUUUGGAUGGAACUCAAACUGUGUGCGACAUGAGAAGAUUCACACUGGAAUGAAACCUUAUAAAUGCAGUAUAUGUGAGAAAUCUUUCCAACGCCUGUCAGCCUACCGUCUGCAUCAGGAAACCCAUACAAAGCAGAAAUUUCCCGAGUCAGAUCAGUAUAAAGAAGUUCUCACCUACAGUACAGAGUUUGAAUAUCAUUUGAGAGACCAAGACAGCGAGAGAUCAUUUGACUGCAGCCAGUGUAGGAAAUCCUUCCAUUGUAAAGCAUAUGUUCUGGAACACCAAAGGAUUCACACUCAGGAGAAACCCUAUAGAUGCACCAUAUGUAGGAAAACUUUUAGGUGGAGGUCAAACUUUACUCGUCAUGUGAGGUUGCACCAGGAGGAAAAGUUUUAUAAGCAAGAGAAAUGUCAAGAAAGCUCAAGGCAGAAGAACUACAGUCAGCCCCAGGAUGCUCCCGCUGUGGAGAAAACUUUUCCCUGUCAGCAGUGUGGGAAAACUUUUACUCGAAAGAAGACCCUUAUCGAUCAUCAGAGAAGUCACACAGGCGAGAAACCCUACCGCUGUAGCGAGUGUGGAAAAGGCUUUACCUAUAGGUCAGCCUUUAUCGUUCAUAAGAAGAAGCAUGCCAUGAAAAGAAAGCCCGAGGGCACGCUGUCUUCUGGUCAGGACAAGGUGUUCCAAGUUCCUCAGGGCAGUCCCACCACAGGAGAGCCUUACCAAUGUAGCCAGUGUGGCAAAGCCUUCCGCAAUCACUCAUUCCUCCUUGCCCAUCAGAGAAUUCACACCAGAGAGAAGCCUUACAAGUGCAGGGAGUGUGGAAAGGCCUUCCGAUGGAGUUCCAAUCUCUACCGACAUCAGAGGCGUCACUCUCUGAAAAAACAGUAUGAGUGUCAUGACGGUCAGAAUAUGCCAACUCUGAAAGCAAACAUCCUCACUGAUGAGAAGCCUUUUUGGUGUCAAGAAUGUGGGAAAACCUUUACACGUAAAAGAAGUCUCUUAGAUCAUAAGGGGAUACACAGCGGAGAGAAGCGCUAUAAAUGUAAUUUGUGUGGGAAAUCUUACGCUCGAAAUUACCGCCUUGUUAACCAUCAGAGAGUCCACUCUACCGAACGACCAUUUAAGUGUCAGUGGUGUGGCAAGGAUUUCAUUGGGAGACAUGCCCUUUCUCUUCAUCAGAGAAAACACAGCAGAGCAGCAGCAUCCGGGUGCAGCUUGCCUGGGUUAUCUUCGCGUCAGGACACUGGGUUGAGUGUGCAGGAAUUAAAACCAAGUGGGGAAAAGGCCCUGGAAGAUUGUAAGGAGGUUGCUGACCAGAGCUCCAGGCACUCCAGACUGCAGAACAUACCUGAAGGGGGCAAGUGCCACAGAUGUAACAUAUGUGGGAAAACCUUUAACAAGCAUUCGCAGCUCAUUAGUCAUAAGAGAUUUCAUACUCGAGAGAGGCCCUUCGGAUGCCUAGAGUGUGGCAAGACCUUCAGGUGGUCUUCAAACCUGGCUCGGCACAUGAAAAAUCAUGUUAGAGAUUAGCCUAGGGCCUGACGAUGACAAUGGGGUCGGGAGUGCUCCCCAGCUAGCCUGCUAGAGAGCCUUCGGUCAUGGGGAAAUCCUUCACAAAGGGCCCCGCCCUUUGUAUUUUGGAAGCUGAUGGCAGAGUCCUGAGGAUUUACAAGCUCACUGAGGCCCCAGCCCACCUGCUGGAAAGGGCUGCUGGGGCUCUUCUGGCUCUAGGAGUGGCCUCUGCACAACACCCUGGGGCUUCCCCAGCCAGCUCCCACAGCUCUAAAGAGAGAGACCAUUGCCUGUUGUUGUUGAACAAAAUAUUUGAGGCCUGGUGGGCUGUAGCUGCUGAGAAGAGGCCAGUUGGAUUCUAGAUUUCUCUUUGAGCUUGGCCUGUGACAAUGCCUGUUCUGUUGGUAUCAAAAGCAAUAGCAUCAAGAAUUGAUCUCUCUAGAUGCCUUCUGGGGAGUUCUGGCUGGAUCUUCAGCUUCAUAGCCGCUUUUGAAUGUAUCUGCCAAAGGCCUAGUGUUGUCUGAGCAGCAGGAGGAGGCGAGCAGGGUGCUGGGCUCAAGUACUUGGAGAAUGAAGCUCUCCUGAUGUCCUACCACCAUCUCUACUGGGCAAGUCUACACAGGCAGCAGCAGAAAUGUGCUGAACACCUGCCUAAUAUCAGGCGCAAGUGUGUGUGCUGGAGACCCCGUAGGUGGUCUGUCCUGUAUUGCAUCUUGUACAGACACUGAACAAAUGAAACAUGCGGUAUUCUGGAUAGUGAUGUGUGUGGUGGGCACAGUAAAUCAGAGAAGAGUGAGGAGUGUUGGAUUUGGAGGUGAGUUGUGAUUUUGGGUGAUCAGGGGACCCUCAGCUGAGAAGGUAAAAUUUGAGCAGUCUUGAAAGAGGUCAGGGAAUGAGCCAUGUAGAUAUCUAAGAAUUUGAGGCAGAGGACCUGGGGUCUUGUCCGGUAUUUUCAAGAGAUAGAAAGAAAGUCCUGGUGUAGAAUGGAGUGAGCCAACUGGAAGAGGAGGAGAGGGGGCCUGAAAGGUGGUAGACGGGCUAGGUGAGCAUCGCAGAUCAUCCAUGGGGCUUGGGACGUCUUAUAGUGGGUAGCAGAGAGGGCUCUUUGGGAAAGUUUUAGUUGAGUGAUGUGAUCUGAAUUUGAAACAUCUACAAGGGUCAAUCACAGACCUAGGACUCAGGAAGAUGGCAUGGCCAUUAGGAUUUUUAUGCAGUUACUUCUGCCGGUUUCUAUAAAUGGGACUUUUUAACCCACUAGCACUUCCGUAUUUAGGCUGAACACUCUGCAGGUGCCUUCUCAUCUUCACAGCCAUCUUGGCAUGUGAGAUCUGGUACUGGCAUCAGGUUCAGCCUAAAGUUACCCAGACCACAUGCCUGCUGCCUCUAAGAGAGAAGGUGGCCUGUGGUAGAGGUGCCCUCUCUGACUUUUUAACCACUGGUGUUGAAGCAAAAAGCAAGAACACAAAGGUACAAGAGUGACAUUUCUAAAGGAAAUUAAAUUUGUUACAGUUGAUUGAAGAAUGCAGAUUAUAAAUGCAAGGAUGAAAUGUCUCAGUUGGGCAACAUCUCAGACUGCAUUUGCCUAUGAGUAGGCGCGCAUUUGCAGAACAGGUGCUGUAUUGUGAUGAUGGAAAGAAACAAACUUGGACAGUCUUUUGGUAGAGUACAGUCGUCCUAUCUCCUGGUUUGCCGUAGCAGGUGAGCAUGAAGCCUCUGGUACUGUGGAAUAAUAUCACAGCAUGGGCAAGGGGUGGAACAGGCAUCUCCUGUUGGUGUCCUUGUGGCUGUUCAUCUUUGUCAUUUGGCUUUGCCAUCCCCUUGUGUUUGUGCAACAGUGGCUGCCCAUGGCCUAGAAUCAGUAUUUCUUCACAUGACAGUGCUGCCCCAGACUGGCCCUGGAUAUGGCUGAGCAGAGGCCAGAGACCUACGUGCUUGGGCUCCAGGGUCAUGAGAAGGGCUUUGGAGUGAUCAGAUUUGGGUGCCAGCUCAGUGUUCCUUUUCUUGGCAGGGUGAUCUUCAGUGAGUCAUCAGAAUUGUGUGUUAAUUUUCUUUAAUGUACCUAGCUGUACUAUCUGACUCCUGGGACUGGUUUAUGAAGGCUCUGGGUUAGGUUGUUGAUCUCUCAGACCAGAGCCUUCGCAGAGGUCCCCCUCUCCCCACCCCCCACGACACUGGUUGUUGCUGAAACCACGGAACUACUCUUUUGUCCAUAUUUUCUUCACUCCUUGUGUAAUCUGAUACCUCAUAAAGUUCCUGCCCCAAUAGGAGUAAUUUUGCUGUCAUUUUUAUGGAGUGAGGUGGGCUUGCACAUUCCAAAUAGGUUUUAACAUGUACAAAGGAUGAAAUCAAGAUCAACAGAAAUAAUUCUGUGUUGAAAUAAACUGUUAAUACUUUUGAAUUUUACUAAUGCACUUUGUUCAGUAACCUGAGUUUUCAAAUAAUCUUCAAUUUAUAUGCAGUCUAUUACAGAAAAGUGAGUCAAUGCACAUUAGUUGAAAAGGUAGAAGCAAAAGUCUAUUUGGAACUAACUGCUAAGCAUUUUGGUGUAGUCAGUAUUUGGCUUAAUUGCUCCUCUAUGCACACUGUUGGCUGUCUUGCCUUGUGCUGUCUCUUUCACCUGGAGUGCCACAGCUCUGUUCCUGCUGCUCCAGAUCUUCCCUCCUCAAGGUCCCCAUCCAUCUAAGCUCUCUUCCCUAACCCUUCCCCCCGGGGCCUGUGUUACUCUGUUGCCUGGUGUUCCAGUUAACACCCAUCACUACAGCCAAACCCAUUAACUCUUGGAGUCCAAGGUUGGGGACUUACUUACCUGUUGGCCAUGCAGAGAUUUUGCAUAAAAUUGCCUCUGUUGAGUCUAGACCUGAAUUUAGUUUUAAGUAUGGAGUUUUGGGAAGUAGCUUUUGUGUGAAGUGUUGACUGGAAUACACCUGCUGUUUAGGAGCCCAGCUAUGGAUGGUUCUGAUCCAUAUGGCUCCGGGUGACUAUUUGGGUUGUCUUUGACACCAGUUCUCAAAUCUUGUACCCCAAACUGAUCUGGAGAGCAUGCAGGCCCAUUUCUCUGCUCCCUUGGAGGAACUGAAGUUGGGAUUGAGGAGAGUUAGAUGGAUGAGGACAGUCACAGAGAAGAGUGGAUAUCAGAAGGUCUUUUGGUCACCUGUUAGGUGAGUCAGCCCCAUGGUUGGUGACAGAGACUAUCAGACAAGACAGGCAUGUGCUGAGAAGAAUACGUGGGAAUUAUAAAAUAACAUGGAUCACCUCACACUUUGUCAAGUUGGCAUGUUUUUGAAAACCCAAGUGUGGGUAAGUAUGUGGAACAGUGAGAAUUCACUGCUUUGGGAGCAGAAAUUGUGACAGCUGUGCCAAGCAGUUUGUGAAGUCUUGCAAAGUUGUGAGUAUUCUACUUGCUAGCAACUCCACUCCUGGAUAUAUCAUAGAGCAACCCUGUAUGAAGAAAGAAAUGACUGAGACUGUUCAUUGCAGUGUUAUUUAGGUAGCAAAAUUGGCAAAAGCCUACAUUUCAUCAGCAGAAGAACAAGUAAAUGUUUUUUGGUACUUUAGAAAGAGGACUAUGCCUUUCAACACAGACAAAUCCAAAACCGUGCAGAGAAAGUUGGAGAAGCAACAUGCAAUAUACCACUUUUGCAAAAAUAAGCAUUCUGUGGGUCUGGGCACAUCUCUUAUUUGUGUUUCAUGUUUGGUUAAAUGGAAUAGUAGUACAAGCCUCAAAAGGUGAUUAGGGGUUGGGGGGCCAGUUAAAGAAAUAAUGCAUGUAAAUCACUUAGAAUAGAGUCUGACAUGUACUCAUUGUUGGCAUGUAACAGUGGUGUUACUAUUUUUGCACAAUAAUUUCUGUGGAAUCAAAUGUUAAGAAAUAAGUGUAAAGUCAUGUGUUGGAAUGAUAUGUACACGUUGCUACUCUGCCUUUUCCCAGGGCGAGAGAUGCUGAUAAGAUCUGGAAAGGGAUGUAGGACUUGGAGUUUGUUUCUAAAAAUUGAUGCAGAUGCAUCAGAAUGUAAAGACUUAACAGGACAAUAUGAUGGGUUCUUUUUAACUAUUGGCUUAAACUAUUUCAGAAUAAAAGUAUUUUUAAGCAUGGGCUCUGACAUCUUGUGACUAUGUGGAAAUCCUGGAUCUGCCAUUUAUGUGAUGUUACUAAGAGGGAGCUGUUUACUGUCAAGGCUUCAGUGUAUACACCUGCAAAAAUUGGCAACAGCACAAAUGGCUGAUAAUCAAGGAUUGGUUAAACAACAGUAGUACAUCUGUGAUGGAAUAUCACAAAUCAUGUUAUCCAUGUUGUGAUGCAUGAGCUCCAAGAGAGACAGCUUAUAAGAAAUUACAACUCCAUUUUCCUUAAUUCUUCAUUGAUAAAGAAGAACAGUUGAAUCCAGAAGUUAUCAGUACGUAAUUUUGAUGAGGAAAACAGAUCCUGAUGAGAAUGGACAUGGUUGUCGACCUUUCUACCUUCUACCGUACUUACUAAGUUAAUGCCCACCUAAGAACUGCAAGAUUUGUACCAGCCUGGUCAUUGGAAACAGAAGUACUGAUUUAAACAAUGAAUUGAAAGAAUUAAUGAGAUAAAUUUGAGAAACUAGAAAGGUGUUAUGGAGGUAGUAUCCUGUAUCUAGGACAGCUGCCAGGGCUGGAGGAGCUGUGAUAGAAUAUCUCCUCAGUUCUGGUAUUUGGCUGCCGACAGCUUACAAGUUCACCUCAUUUUGCCCCACAUGUGUGUAAAAUAAGAAAGCCCAGGCACUCCCUCAUGGUGUGAGGGGGCAGGUCAUAUUAUGCAAAACCUCCUAUAACCAUAAUAAAAACCAGAGCUACUUGA